GUCGCACAGUAUAAACCUGCUGAUUCAUGUAAAGGGAGAGGCAGUAAAACCAGAAAAACAGCUUCAGGAAGAGGCGGAGCAACACCUGAAAGACGAGAAGUUCAAGGUCGUUUUCCAGAAGUGAAAGUGUGUGAGAGCAGUAGCAGACCUGCAGUCAUGACCUGUUAGUCUCUAAAAGAAGACUCACUGGAGUCCAUCAGGUUUCUCUCAGCAACAGUGUUGAGUGCAUUUUCUGUUUCUACACAAAUCUUCAGUUUACUCUGCUCACUUCAUGCUAACUCAUCACAGUCGCAUUGGUUCCAUAGAAAUCUGCUCAUGUAGCCACAGAUCCACUGUAGAAACAUUGAGCUGCUGUGUGAAACAGUCUCACUGUGGUCACUUGAAACCUGGUUGCAGCACGAUGAUUAUGUUACGUACAUGACAGAACAACGCGACCACGACAUGGACACAGCAGACUCUGAAAGAGCGAGAGAUGUCUUUCGCCUCCUACGGCUGUGGCAGCGCAUUUCCCACACCUCGGAUAAACGGACUUUAUCUAUUGGAAUUAAUGCCAUUGAGGCAAUUUUUCUGGAUAACCCUCACCUGCGCCAGCUACCCAUAGCUUCAGAGUUUGCCCAUAAUCUGGCCCAAGCAAAAGAGGCACUCCAAGGCACGGAGCUGGCCCAACCACCCUCAACCACGUCCCAGCAAAAGGAUGUCUCCACACUGUCGCAGCAGAUGAAUUCUUCCAUGUCACUGCAGCAGGGGGCGGUUGUUCCCUUGCCGCGGAAUCUCUUCCCCUCCACAUCCCGAUCUGACCCGCAUUCGCCUGCCUCCUUCCCGGCUGCAAUGUGGUCAGAGGAUAAAGAGCAGGUCACCAGUACCCCAUCAUCACCGACCUCCUCUGUUAUCUCUGCUCCUUCUUCCAGGAGAAAGCGGCGUCCACGCCACCGGCGCACAUCACCAUGGCUGGAACCCAGUACUUCCUUUGAGCAACCAGUCGUG